CCCUGGAUAGGGUUUGUUUGGAACUGUGUUUGGGACUAGAGAUCGGUAAAAGGCAGUUGUUCCUGAUAACUGUUAUUUAUCUGCUUGACAAGAAUUUACUGAACGUUUUCCCUGGCAGGCUCUUAAUGGAGGCGCUGCGGAGACGGGAUGAACAGGGCACGCAGAGCGCCCGCUGUCAGAAAGAUGAUUUUCCAGCCCAGGAGAUCGGUGUCUUAUAGAUAACCACAUCAAUACGUUUUAAUAUCUGCUGUGAUGAAUUUUACUUAAUUGUUGAGUUCCUUGGGCCCAUUGUAUCAGCCAGGCUUGAAAAUCAACUGAGUAUAAACUACAGGACUGUAGAGGUGUGACAAGGAACCGUCCCAGGAAAGGUCCUUGCGACAUUUUUGUUUUAACGGGGAGCGGGGGAGGGGGUACUGAUGUUUGAUCAGUGUCCCCUGAAAUUCAGAUGUGGGUUCCUGGAGGGUGUGAUAGGAGAGCCCAAGGGAAGCUUGCGGCCAAGACACCUGUUGGUGUGUCUGCUGCCAUCAAGCGAUGAGGGAGUUUGGGAAAAUCUCCUCAUCUCUCUGGGCCUCAGUUUCUUCCCCUGCAACAUAAGGUUGUUAUUCACUUCUCCAAAGUCCCUUGCCGCUCAGUCUCUCUGAGAGCACGAGGGACUGAGGUGCCUGUUAAACGUGUUCUGGGGACUGCGGCUGAGACCUGACUUGGUCCCUUGUCUGUGUGUCUCCUGCAGGAGCCCGGCUGAGCCCACACUGGAAACAGAGGACCGAGGGAGCCUAUGGAAGACAGAAAAUCAGCAGGUGUGGAGCAUGAGAAUAACCCAGAGAAGGCCAAGGUAAUGGCGGAACGGUGGUUGCCCAAGGACCUGAGAAUACGGGCAAGUUGAGCUCAGGACAAUCUGGAGAAACUGAGGAAUGCGUACAGUAGCAUCCAACCCUGCAAGGAGCAGCCUGAGGUGAGCAGUGAGGACUGGGGGUGUAACGCACUCCACAGUGAACGGUGCACCUGCCAGGGAGCCCCACAGGACGGACGGGGGUUGGUUUGCACUGCCGGGAAGCACCCUUUCUAAGGGUAGGAUGGUGUGACCAUGAGACUCUGCCCCAGUCCCCGAGCUUCGACGUUGGAGCUGCCCUGACAGUGGAUGGCCUCCAAGGAAGUGUGGGUUUGGAGGGAUCAGUGGCGUUUGGAUCAGAUUUGGAGAUGUCCAUUCUUACCACAAAUCGUUUUGCCCUAAGGCCAGGAGGGGCCAGGGCAGGGGACCCUUGCAUCUGAAGUCGUAAUGGUAAUAACAUUCUUCUGAAUUUCUGGUCAGGAGCGUGGAAGGCUUUACACAUAAUAUCUGUUGACCAGUGAUUUUCUUGACUAUUGGUUGAGUGCUUCAUUUUCCUGAGGCUGUGUUCAGAACUUGGAAAUCAAUACGGUUUCCCGAGGAGGACAAAGCAGUGGGAGAACGAUGCAAACACAAUGUGGUAGCUCUCCUGCACUGGGGUGUUGUGUUGUGACAGAGCAGAGGAUUGGAGUGGGGGGCCAGGCCCAGGACAUCUCUUCCCAAUGACAGAGUGAGCCAUUGAGAGGAAUCCCCGAGGAGAACCCCGUCUUCAUCAGAGCUCACCACAGGGCAGUGUCCUGGGACAUGGAGAGGGUAGGGCAGGUUCCUCUCUGAGGGAGGGGAUUCGCUACCUCUUGGGAGAAAGCAGGGGACCCCUGACUGGACAUUUGUGACUGGAAUGGAGUUGAGAUGGUCAGAGAUUGGCAGCAACUUGUAUUUGAUCCGUGAAAGGAAGUCCCUGAGGGCCUCCUCAGUGCUUGGCUCGGUGCUAGGAACCCCGAAUACAGUGGUGAAUAACACAUUCUCCCAACUGUCCUGGGGAUCUCAGUCUGGAAACAGGAAGUCAUGAGAAGUGUAGUGGUGGUGGGUUCCUUGGAGGAAAUGGCCAAAGCUGCCUGGCGAUGACCUCGGUGAUUGUCCUGGUCUGCCUGUGUGUUUUCCAACAGCUGGGUGACCUGCCUUGGCCCAACAGCCCUGGAGCCUCAGCCAGAUUUCAGCCUUUUAGGACACAACUGACACCCGGGAUCCACGGUGCUCCAACCAGUCAACACUGCCAAGGUGUCCAGAGGAAACGGCUGGCAUCUGUAGCUACUACCCACUAUGUCUUGGCCAGCGGGGGAAACAGAGGCAACUUCACUAAAUCUCGUAGGGUCAUCCUCUCCAUAAUGACCAGUGAUGGUCUGUCUUCCUCUCUGCUGCUGACUCUCCAGUGCUGUGGGGUGUUGUUCAAGUUGUUCCCAAUGUCCCCAGCUCUGCCUCUUCUGCCACAUGUCACCAUGGCAGCACCUUUUGACCCGGUGUCUGAUCCAGGGACAGAAAUGAGCCUCCUGGAACUCAACCAGGAGCUUCAAUCCAAGCUGGAAGCAAGCCAGCAGGACUUCCGAGACCUCAGAGAGAAAUUCCUUGUAUCCGAAGCUACUGCCUACUCCCUGGCCAACCAGCUGCAGAAAUACAAGUGUGAAGAGUUGAAAGACAUCAUCGAAUCCGUGCUGGGGGAGACGCUGCAGUGUAAGCAGGGGAAGUUGGCAGAGACCUUGACCGAGAAGCUCAGGCAAUAUCAUAUCCUGAUUAAAGCUCAGGCUGAAGAGCUGACCCAGUUGUGGCAGAAGUUACGGGAAGGGAGAGAAGUUUCUGAGCCACUCGAUCAGCACCUCAGGGACCUCCUCACCCACGAUGACCCCGAGCGUUCCCAAGGCCAGGGCUUCCAGGAGCAAGUGGCCGAGGGACGCAGGCUGGCAGAACGCCUUGCCCGCCAGCUCAGCCCCGAGGAGGAGGAGGAGGAGGAGGAGGACGAGGAUGAACAAGCAGAAGAAUCCCUCACCACCAGCAUGGAGCUUCCGGAAGCUGAAAAGAAGGAAGUCCUCCAGGACACGCUGAAUGAAUGUGUUUUGACUCCUUCCAUUGGCCAAGAAGGGCGUGACUGCUACCAGCCUUACAGGGAUGGCACGUUCCCAUCGGAUAAACAGGAAUUCGGCUCUGCUCUGGAUGUAGCCUGUGAAUGCUCCCAUUCCAAAGGGGAUGAAACUCCACCCGGUUCCCCAGACAACCAAAUGGGUCACGAGGGGCUGAAAGGGCGAGAGUCAGAUGCCCCCAGGCUCAGUAGACUGCUGCUAGAGGUGGUGGAGGAGGAAAUCACAUGGGGCUCUCUGGAUGAACGCUACUGGACAUAUUCGGUUCUUCCUGACCUGUCUGACUCCUACUGGCCUUACAGGAGCACCGCCAUCUUCUUCCCUGAGGAACUGGAAGUCUCUUCUGCUCUGGAAAUGGCCAAAAAUCAGACCCAUCAAGAGGAGGAACAAGACCAAGACCUGACAUGCGCCAGGCUCGGCAGGGAGCUGCCGGAGAGUGCAGAGCAGGAUGUCCAACAGGACUCACUGGAUGAACGCUAUUUGACUUACUCAGCUCUUCCUGACCCAUCUGAUUCCCCCUGGACCCACAGGAGGGCCAACAUCAACUCAUAUGAGGAUCUGGAUGUCUGUCCUGCUCUGGAAAUAGCUAACAAUCAUAAUGAUCUUUGCGAUGAAGAAGACCAGGACCCGACAUGCCCCAGCAACACCAGGCUCUGCAGGGAGCUGCCAGUGGCCCCAGAGGAUGAAGUCCCACAGGACUCAGUGGGGGAAUGUAAUUUGACUCCUUCCUUUGGCCAUGACCUGUCAGACACCUAUAGGCCUUAUAGGAGUGCCUCAUUCACCUUUGAUAAACAGGAAGUCUUCUUGGGCGUGGAUGUAGAUGCCCCGAUGCAGGUGCCCGGUCCCCAAGGGCCAUCGAGUGGAAACUUGACUUUCCCAAGGACGGAGGUGCAAGCUUUACAAGCACCGCCACAGUCAAAUACCCAGGUGGCCAAUUCUGUGCCAGGGCAGCCGGACCAGCAGUUGGCUUGUGGUGACCGCAGAGCCAGGCUCCGCCCCUCCCCCGCCAUCAGGAGACUGGCAGCCACGAUGGUUUCUGGGAGCCAACGGCCGCUCUUCCAAGAGCAGGGUUUGGAAGCUUCCAUGGGUGUGAAGAACCCUCCCAAGCUGGAGGGUGACGCUGCUGAGGGCUCGGUGGCCAACCAGUGUGCAGGUCAAGUCUUUGGCCACGUUAAUGCCCUGGGUGUGAUGAAACAGAAGAUGAUCAAGAGAAAAGUGCAGUUCGGCGAGGGCAGAUUCGCGUGCAGAUUCCGUGGCCUUCAAGCAUAGGGCACAGAGAUACCAAGGACUUCAGGAACUAAGAAAAAAUACUCCUCAUUUAAACGAAACCCCAUCAUAAAACCCCAUCAUUCUCCACUUGCUGAAAAGAACUCUAAAGCAGCAAAUCAAGCUAAAGCCCAAACAGAACAUGCGAGGGAUCCUUUGCUGAGAAUCGACAUCUCGAUCACAAGCCACUCUCUGGGAUUUUUACUCCAAAAGUCUGGUUUGAUGAGAGGAAUUCUCGCUCUUCUGACUCCAGUCGUGAUAAGUCGCCGAGGCAACCAAUGCCCAGACCACACGCCCUUGUGAGACACCUUCAGUCUGGCUCCUCUCCAUUCCAUCCUGUGGAUAAGCGGAGGCUGGAGCAACGUGGCAAUAGACCCCAUGUCAAACUGGACAUUCUGGGCCACCCGCUGGGCUGUGCCAGGAGCAGACAGCAUUAACUACGCAGCGUUCUUGCUGAAGAGGCUUAGCCUGAAUCUGAGCACGAGGUAGGGAUCAGACAACUGCAGAAUUUCGACCAUCGAACAAGACAUCGGGCCUGUCUUUCUUCAAACAGCCAGUGUCCACAGCACAAAUAAGACGACAAAAAGGAGAAGAGAUAUCUUGGGUUCCAAGGGACUCAGAAGAUUGUGCUAUCGUAAUUUUGUAGUCCUUUCGAACCCCAAACAUCUCCUCCCCUUUCUGUGGCUGUCUCUGGUGGUGGUGACACUUCCUUGUCUGUAGGGGACAGGCCAGAUGUCUGGCUUGAUGGUCUACAUCCUGAAGGUGUCUGAUCACUUCCUCCUGAUUAAAUUCAGGCUAACCUUUUCCCGGGUCGUUCCCUCGUGAAUGCUGUGUGUGUCCCAGCCCCGCCCACCCAGAGACCCAGAGCCUCCAGUCUGCCAUCACCAUCAUUGUGAGAGCAGCCCUGGUUGCCUUCUAUGGGGGGCCUAUCAGAUCGUUCAUGGUCUUCUGUUUGGGUGUGACAUCUGAGAAUGUGCGAAGAUGCUGUCUCUAAAGUCUGUCUCUACAAUGUUACCAUCUUUUAGUGAUCCCUGCAGUGUGUCACAACCGUAUCUGUAUGUUGGAAAAACUCUAGUUGUAUCAUCCUUGUGUAUGUGUAUUUGCUCGCAUUGUGCUGUGGAAAAGAACACUCCCUCCCCGUUCUAUAUCAUUAAAGUGUUUAUUUUGACAAUCA